UCCAGUUAAGAUUCACAAACCUUGAAGCGCUCAGAAUCAGAAUGAAGAAAACAGCAAGCAAGCAGGGAGGGUCACCUCAGGAUGGCUCACCUUUGGAGAUGGCUGCUCUCGGCCGACCCUUCCAGGUGGGGAUGCUCUAUGACUGUCGCACUGAUUCACUCAUUACAGGUGUCACUCUGUGGGACUUGGAAAACCUCAAGAAAAACCUCAACAUUAAACCACAGAAGAAAACACAAUUCAAGAUCAGCACAUCUGACUCCUUGGAUGAGAAAACCUCCAUCUUAAAUGUGACAGCCUCCCUUAAAGCCAGCUUCUUGUGUGGCUUGAUUGAGGUUUUUGGGUCUGCUAAGUACCUCAAUGACACCAAAUCAUCCAAACGACAGUCCAGGGUCACCCUGCACUACAGCACGACCACCAGAAUGGAGCAGCUCAGCAUGAGCCACUUGGGGAGGCAGAACGUCCAGUUCCCAGAAGUGUUUGAGCAGAAAUCGGCCACCCAUGUUGUCACGGCUGUACUGUACGGAGCUCAGGCUUUUUUUGUAUUUGAUCAAAGCAGCUCUAAAGAGGAAGAGAGACAGGAGAUUGAAGGAAAAUUAGCACUAACGAUUACAAAAUUUAUAUCAGUAAAAAAAGAAGGAGCCUUAAAAAUGACAGAUGAGGAGAAGAAAUCUACUGACCAUCUUAACUGCAUGUUUUACGGUGAUUUUGCCCUUGAUCACAAUCCUGCCAGCUUCAAGGAAGCCAUGGAGAUUUAUGCCAAAUUGCCAACAAAACUUGGAAAUGGUGGGGAGCUGGCUGUGCCCAUCCAGGUCUGGCUGUACCCGCUGACACAUCUCAAUUCACAGGCUGCUCAGCUUCUACAAGACAUCAGUGUGGCCCUGGUGUCCAAAUCUCAGGAGGUCCUGGAGGAGAUAGAUGAGCACAUCAUGAGGUGUAAUGACAUCAUGAAGGACAGUGUCGUCAAUGACUUUCCUGAAAUAAGGAAAACCACAGACCAGUUCAAAUCAAUGCUUAAUCUAUUUAAAUGUAUUUUCCAAAGAGAUCUGGCGAGGGUCUUUCCAAGUAUCAGAGGACAUGGUGCAAGUGAAGAAGAGCUGGCAGACAUCCUGAAGAAGAAGGAAGAGUCACCAUUCAAGAGGUGGGCCAUAACAACAUGGCUGGAUAAAAGAGAAAAGGAAAUCACCAUGUUGAGGAGUUUCUUUAAUCAAAUUAAAAAAAGGAAUCUGAAUAUUGUUAUAAAUGACCUGGAUGAAUUACUUUAUAACACUAGCAUUAACAAUAUUGUCUGCUUGACUUUCACUUCACUCCAUGUGUGUCAGCCAUACAUGUCAGAAAUGGAGAGCUACCUUCAGGCCCAUUCUAGAGAGUCCUUAGAUAAAUCAUCAGAGCUAAGUGAAGAGUUAAUCAUCGAAAAGUUUAGACAGCAUUCCCAAAGUUUCAUUGAGUUUGCUGAAAUUAACCAAAACAAUGAGACAAUGAGAUUUCUGGUCCACUCCAAGCCUGAUGCAGAUUAUCUUGGGGCGACGAUUUAUCUGUAUCAGUCUGGGCAGCUCAAAAACCGUGACUUUCAUAUUCCCUCAAAACCUGAGCCUCUUGUGGUCGACUCCCAAACAUUAAUUGCCAUAACCCUAAAAUUAAGACCCCUAAAGUCUGACUCAGAAGGGUACAGAGUGGAGUAUAAGAGAACUGAAGAUAAAGAGUGGGAGACUGUGGACACAAGCGACAAAAAUGAAAAUGUUACAAUUACAAAGUUACUUCCAGGCUCAACAUAUCAACUCAGACACAGAGCUGUUUGUCAAGUGGGUGUGAGUCAGGCCAGUAAUACGAUUGAGGUAAAGAUACCAUCUGCCAAACAUCAUGCAGCUAAACUUGCUAUAAAACAAAAAUGUCAGGGGAUUAAAGAUGGAAAUCAUAAACUUUACCUUUUACGUUUGAAAUCAGAGUUCAUAAACACUGUGAAAAAGAUAAGAAAAUGUACCUUUGGAGAAAUAACAUUCAACAAACCUAGAAAAACUAUUAUGGUCCUUGGGGCAACAGGUUCUGGAAAAUCCACCCUGAUCAACAGAAUGGUCAACUACAUCUUAGGUGUCGAGUGGGAGGAUGACUUCAGGUUCAAGUUAAUCUAUGAAGAAACAUCUAGAAGUCAAGCUGAAAGCCAAACAUCUGCUGUCACUGCCUAUGAAAUGAACUACCAGGAUUGUUUCAAGGUCCCAUGUUCCUUCACAAUAGUCGACACACCGGGUUUUGGAGACACCAGAGGAAUUCAGGAGGAUAGAAAACGUAUUGACCAGAUAGCUGAAUAUCUGUCAUCUACUAAUACUUUCCAGCACAUUGAUGCAGUGUGCUUUGUUGUUCAGGACUCCGAAGCUGAACUGACACAGAAAUACGUCUUUGACUUUGUUUUGUCCAUUUUUGGUAAAGACAUAGCCAAUAACAUCCUGGUCUUCAUCACAUUUGCAGAUGGACAGCGUCCACCAGUUCUGGAUGCCAUCAUGAAGUCUAACAUACCGUUCCCCAAAGAUGACAAAGGAAGCCCGCUUUUUUUCAGGUUUAAUAAUUCAGUCCUCUUUAAUAAUAAUGAUGAGACUAAUAGCAGUGAUGAUCAAAUGCUUGACAAAAUCUUUUGGGACAUGGGCACAAAGAGUAUGGAGAAGUUAUUUAUGUCCUUAGUGAAAAUGGAUAGCACAAUGUUAGGGCUAACUAAAGAGGUGCUUAAAGAGCGCAGGCGCUUGGCAACAGCAGUGGAAGGAUUGGAGCCUCAAAUCAAAGCUGGAUUGAAUAAACUUGAAGAAAUUAGACAGACCCGUGACAUUUUAAAUAAGCACAUUACUGACAUGGAGAGCAACAAGGAUUAUGAGUAUGAAGUGGAGGAAAUUGUGACAAAAAGAGAGAGCAUUGCAGGCACCGGCAAGUUCAUCACUAACUGUCAGAAGUGCAACUUCACCUGUCAUUAUCCAUGUAAGAGUGCAGGUGAUAAAGAUAAGAUCAGAUGUUCUGUUAUGAAGGACGGGGUCUGCACUGUUUGUCCUGGUAGGUGUGUGUGGAAUGUUCACUCCAACCAACAGCACAGAUUCAUCUAUGAAACUAAAAAGGUCAAAAUGACAUAUGAUGAGCUAAAGAAGAAAUCUGAAAAAGCAAAGGGGGAAAAGAUGACAACUGAGCAUGUGCUUAAGCAGCUUCAGCAUGAACUGGAUGUUGUGGAACAGGAGGUACAAAAACUCAUUGAAGGGCCUCAUAAGUGUAUAAAACGACUUAAAGAAAUCGCCCUCGGACCAAACCCGCUGUUCACUCCCGAGUACAUUGAUCUCCUCAUUCAGUCUGAAGAACAAGAAGCACAGCCGGGAUGGAUGGAGCGAGUGAAGGCACUGCAGGAAGUGAAAGAACAGGCAGUGAUAAUAGAAAAAGUCAGUAGAAAUGAAAAACUCCUACCAGGAGAGUAG